AUGGUUUUGGGAUUGAUUACAGCUAAUAUUGUUGUUUUUUGUCUGUGGAAGAUAGCAGACUUCACAUUCAUGUACCGUAAUUUUACUAUCUCAGUAUUUCAGUUCAAACUUGGACAAGUACACACAUUAAUAACUUAUGCAUUUAGUCACAGUCAAAUUGGGCACAUCGUUUCUAACAUGUUGGGUCUCUAUCUUUUCGGGACGAAUAUUGGUAGAGUUUUCGGGCCUGAAUUUUUGCUGAAGUUGUAUAUAGCUGGAGCUAUUGGUGGCUCAGUCUUUCACUUGGUUCACCAUGCCUUCCUGUACCAGACCACUCCGGUACAGGGCGCAAGUGGUGCUGUUAAUGCUAUCAUGUUGCUUGAUAUAUUCAUCCACCCCGCAGUUCCUGCAGUGCUGCUGGGGAUCUUUCUAAUCGGGAAGGAUAUUCCAAGGAUCAUGGAGGGAAACGCUCAUGUCAAGGGAUCUACACACUUGGGCGGCGCUGUAGUAGCAGCGGUAACCUGGGCUAGACUUCGGAGGAGGCUUCGGGUAUUCUAA